AUGGCUUCACUCGUCAGGGAUAUCUCCCAUGCUCGUCGGAGUCCUUCCACCAGUUCUUUUUCCGUCGAGCCUUCAGAUCGAGACCAGCCUGCGCGAAAGCGCCGCCGUGUGAGCGAUGUCGAGACAGCAGGCAUUGGGGAAUCAGCAGAUCAUUCGGACACUUCAGCUGCUUCCUCCAUCUCCACAUCUAAUCCGGUAGCUCACGACAGAGACGUUGAACCCAUCGAACAGAUUGAUUUGACAGAAGUGGAGGGCUCGGCUGCGCUUGCAAAAGCGUUGGCAAAGCAGCGAGAAGAUGCUGUUAGGGCGCAAGAAUCUCUGCAUCAAGGGGCUGGUCGUUCUAUUCUGACAUCAUAUAAAUGCCCUGUGUGUAUGGAUACCCCAGUCGAUGCCACCAGCACUGUAUGCGGGCAUCUCUUCUGUCACAAAUGCAUAAUGGAUACACUGAAAUUUAGCGAAGAGCAGCGGUCAGACGCAUCAGGAAAAGGCCCUCGCGGUACUUGUCCUGUAUGUCGAAAGCCUUUAGCACGAACAGAUGCACCAGUACCGAGAAGGAAUUUAGUUCCACUGCAACUGAAACUCGUUACAAAACGGAGAAACCAGGCGACAACGGAAGGCACAUAA